UAUUCAAGUUUAAAAACACUUCAAAGGGACUAAUGAAAAUUAUGUUAUUUAGUACUCGUAUAUAUUUUGAAACUUUUUUAAAUUUAUUCAGGUACAGGUAUACAUAAAUACAGUUAUGUAAAUUAUCAUACAUAGCAGUAUAUGUGUAAAUUACCUAGGAUAACCCAAAAAAAAAAUUGACUUAUUUCCAUUGGAUUCUUUUUGCAAUGGUUUUAUAUAAUAAACUUUGAGCCUAGUAGGUUUAGCGCUUCAUUUUGAUAAUAGUAAUAAUUCAUAUAAUAAAAUGUAUAGAAUAUAACCUUGGAAAUUAUUGCUUAUCCCAUGAUGUACAUUGGUGGCAUAUAUUGAAAAAUGGAAAAUAAAAACCAAGUUUCACCAAGUAGCUGUCUGUAGCUCUUGAUCUAAGGAAUUGGAGCUACCCUUCCCAGAUCAAACCUAAUUGAUUCCAUUUUACCAGGUACUACACGACUCCUGUAGAUUUAGCUAUUUUAUGUGAAAAUAAUAAUAAUCAGGUUGUGUGCAGCCAGCAGUAACAGCCUGGUUGAUCAGGCCCUGAGUUACCAUGUGGCCUGGUCACAGACCAGGCUGUGGGGGCGUUGACCCCCAAAACCCUCUCCAGGUAUACUCCAGGUGUCUAGGUAUACCAGGGAGUUAGUCUUCUGAUGUGAGUCGCAUCCUGUGGGAGGAUUUAAAAAAAUACUCCAGUGGAAUUAAGCCAUACUGAUUGGCUUUAUUGGGCUAUCCUGGGUUAAUAACUCUUUGAGGUUAAUAAUCUGAAUAAUGUUCUCUUUAUAUUCAAGCUAAAUUGUUUCUAAACAUGUUAAUAAAUAAACAUAUUUUGUACAAUGAAAAUAUGUCAUACUAUUUAACUUGGUUGGAUUAUACCUGUGUUAGGUUAAAUUUCAAAGAGAAUGUCCUUUAUUUGGAUUAUUAACUCCAGAGAAAUAAUAAGCCAGGACAAAUAAAGAAAGCCAAACAAUGUGGCUUAUUUCCAUAACUCAGUGGUAGAAGUGUCUCUUGUUAGCAGGAAAAACCUUGGAUAUAUUAGUAAUAAUACUGUAUUAUUUAUUGACAACCCUGAAAUUUGCACAUUAAUGCACUAGAAUGAUGGGAUUGCUGACACGUACAGUAAGAGGACACCAUGUUGAUGAGGGGCUCUUGAUCUAGGAAAUUGGAUCUGUGCUUCAGUUAUCAGAUUAAACAUACACAAAUAACCCGUACAUAGAAGAGAGGAGCUUACGACGACUUUUCGGUCUGACUUGGACCAUUUACAAAGUCACAUUAACAAGAAGUAGAGCAGGACGGGUAUAUAUAGGCAGGAAGAGGUAGUGGUGGUAGUAGUAGUAGUAGUAGUUGUUACCCGAAUUAAGCCUGAAAAUCUUCCACAUCCCUCCCCACAUGCACUGUAUAAUCCUACGGGUUUAGCGCUUCCCCUUUGAUUAUAAUAAUAAUAAUUUAUCAAGUCAACUUGAUAAGUUGACUUUAUUAAGUUGACUUGAUAAAACCUGUGUGUGGCCAAAACAUUGUCAUUAAAUAAAGGUUCACUGUGUAAAUAUUGUCCUCUUAUCACACAAUACUACAUUGUCUUGGCUCUCUGUGUUAACCUUUCUUAGUAGUUGAUCUCUGUAUAUAUUUGAGCCAAAUAUCUUGUACAGUGCCUGCACUCUGAAGGAGGGGUGUUAAUAUUGCAGUUUAAAAACUGUAGUGUAAGGCACCCUUCUGGCAAGACAGUGAUGGAGUGAAUGAUGGUGAAAGUUUUUCUUUUUUGGGCCACCCUGCCUUGGUGGGAAUCGGCCAGUGUGAUAAUAAUAAUAAAAAAAUCUUGUUAUUCAUCCAAGGCUCAGUUUUGUUUUAUAACUUAGCAUUUGUUGUUGCAAUUUCAAAUAUGGUAGUAAAGACAGAUAUGAAUUUUUUCAGGCAUAGUUUACCUCACCAAUUUGUUAUAUACCAUAGAAUAAUCAUGAUUUUCCAAUAUGAUAAAACUGUAUUUCACUGUGAUAAUAGUUAUCUUGAGUGCAUUGUGCUAUUCUGUUAGUUAUCUGAUACCUGGAGUAUACCUGGAGAGAGUUCCGGGGGUCAAUGCCCCCAUGGCCCGAUCUGUGACCAGGCUUCAUGGUGGAUCAGGACCUGAUCAACCAGGCUGUACUUGCUUUCUGCACGCAAUCCAACAUACAAACCGCAGCCCGGCUGGUCAGGUACUGACUUUAGAUGGCUUGAUUGGGUGGAAGUAUCAGUAAUGAUUACUUAUUUCUGUAUGAAUGACCACUUAACUGAUUUCUUCAUAGCUUAUAUAUUAGGUGAGGUAGUGUGGGGGCUGAUACAUAAUCAGUCCAUCCAUAUUCGUAGUACCUCUUAUAAUUGUUUUACAGUAACAGCCUGGUUGAUCAGACCCUGAUCCAUCACAAGGCCUGACCGUGGGGGCUUUGACCCCCGAAACCCUCUACAGGUAAAUUCCAGGUAAGGUUUUUAUAGCACCCUAGCAGUUGACCCAGUUGACUCAGGGAGGAUUUGCAGGAAACAUUUCUAACCAGUAGUGUUUAGCUUAAGGCAACUUAAAUUUGAACCACAAAUUUUGCAGUUGAUUAUCAUGUUAAGUCAGGUUCUGAGUUGUAAGUCAUUUCUUAUAUAAUCACAUAAACCCCUUUUUCCUUGCUUUGUCUAUUUCUUUACAGUGAUUGGAGUUAUCAAAGGAACUAAUUUACCCUCCAAAAAUAACUCGAGUAAUCAAAAAAAGAGCACCAAGAAAUCCAUUGACCAAAAAGGGCUUACAAUACAGAUGAUGCCAGUAAAUGUAAUGUAGCAGAGAAGACUGAAAAGAAUUGGAAAAAUGAAGAAGGAUAGAGAAAUACAAAAGGCAUAUAAAUUGUCUCACCAGAUCCUGAGCCUGACUGGCAUCAACUUUAUACGACAGACUGUUAUUGGCUUCACUGAACUCACACUCAUUCCAUCAAAAGAUAGCAUCCGCUAUAUAUGGUUGAACUGUAAACAGUGCUGUGUGUAUCGCGUUACCCUCAAUGAUGCAUUGGAGGUACAGUUCCAGUACUUUGACCCACUAAUGGAAGUAUGCCAACAGGAUUCUAAACAGAGAAACCUAGAUUACGUAAACAAAUGUCAGUCAAAUGGGGUAACCUCGGUGGAUCCUGAACUGGGUCGAGGGGAACUUGUGAUUGUUGUCCCCUCAGAAGCGCAGCACAUGAUCCAAGAAGGAAAGCCAUUGAGAGUUGGUGUCGAGUUUUCUUUGGAGAAGCCCCAGUCUGGCUUGCACUUUGUAGUUCCAAAUACUGAUGGCACAUUGGUUGAGAAAGCUGCGCACAUGUUCAGUUACGGACAUGAAAACAGUGUACGUCUGUGGUUUCCCUGUAUCGACACCUGGAGUGAAGUUUGUACCUGGCGGUUAGAAUUUACAGUGGAUGAUUUUAUGACUGCCGUAAGCUGUGGAGACCUAGUAGAGGUUGUCUACACUCAGGAUAUGAGGCGUAAAACAUUCCAUUACUGCCUCUCAACUCCUACGUGUGCACCAAACAUUGCUCUUGUUGUUGGGCCAUUUGAGAUCUAUGUGGACCCCUUCAUGAAUGAAAUCACCCACUUUUGUCUUCCCCAACUCCUACCUCUCAUGAAAGCGACUAGCAAAUACCUGCACGAAGCUUUUGAAUUUUAUGAAGAGCUUCUCUCCACUAGAUAUCCAUAUUCCUGCUAUAAACAAGUGUAUGUUGAUGAAGCAUAUAGCACUCUACAUUCUUAUGCUACCAUGAGCAUUCUUGAUGUUAAUCUCCUGUGCAGCAACAGAAUUAUAGAUCAGGUCUAUGAAACUAGAAAAACUAUGGCCUUAUGUGUGGCCCAACAGUUCUUCGGAUGUUUUCUUUCUCGCCAUGCCUGGGCUGACGCCUGGCUCACCACUGGCAUCUCAAACUAUCUCAUGAGUUUGUAUGUUAAGAAGCAUUUUGGCUUCAAUGAUUACAAGGAUUGGAUACAUAGUGAGCUGCAAGAAAUCAUAGAGUACGAGGAAAGAUUUGGAGGCAUCGUACUGGAUCCAAGUUCUUCCCCAAAUGAGCCUCAGAAUGGACCAAAUAUGCCAAUGACCUCAAACAACAGCUCUAACAAAGACACAUUUUAUUUCUCUGUCAAGAAUCCACAUGCAUGUUCCCCACAUUACAUCAGCGUUUAUUAUAAAAAAGCUCAUCUGGUGAUUCGUAUGCUGGAGUUCCGGAUUGGUCAGGAACUAAUGAUGCAGGUCUUCAAUAAACAUCUGUCACUGGCAUUGAUUGCUGUUGGUAACAAAGGUCACCCAGCAGGCUGGUCUCACAUGCUUAUGUCAACUGCUACUUUCACAAAGGCAAUUUUCACUGUGACAGGAAAAGACAUCACAGUAUUCUGCGAUCAGUGGGUCCGUCAAGGAGGACAUGCAAAGUUUAACAUGAAGUUCCUGUUUAACCGCAAAAGGAACAUCGUGGAGAUGACCAUUGAACAAGGUUACAUCGGAGAGCUGGGUAUUCGUCGCUAUGUGGGGCCAUUAGUGGUGUGGAUACAAGAAUUGGAUGGUACAUUUAAACACACCUUGCAAAUUGAACAUCAGGUGUCUAAGAAAGAGAUUGUUUGUCAUUCAAAGUCACGUCGAAACAAAAAAAAGAAGAUUCCUUUAUGUACAGGUGAAGAAGUGGAUAUGGAUCUCAGCCACUUAGAUGCUGAUUCUCCAGUGCUGUGGUUACGUUUGGAUCCAGACAUGACAAUGAUGCGUUCAGUAGAAGUAGAGCAACCAGAUAACCAGUGGCAAUACCAGCUGAGACACGAACGAGACGUGACCGCUCAGACUGAGGCUAUCAGUGCUCUUCAUCGUUUAGCCAAACAGGGUGCUGUUACUACUGAAAUGAGAAAUACACUGAAUGCUGUGUUGGAAAAUGAACAGUGCUUCUAUAAGGUACGAUGCAGGGCAGCCCAUUGUCUGACUCGAGUGGCUAAUGCCAUGGUAGGCUUUGGAAUGUUCACCGCCAUGAUGCAGAUUUUCCGAAAGAUGUUUGGUUCAUUCUCGUGUCCCAAUAUCAUCAGACAACAUGACUUCACUAGCCUCCAGAAUUACUAUAUACUUAAGACUCUGCCAGUUGCAAUGGCUGGUCUCCGCAACACUCACAAGGCGUGUCCUCCAGAAGUAUUAGGGUUCUUGAUGGAUCUUUUCAAAUACAGUGAUAACUCCAAAAAUCGCUACUCUGAUAACUACUAUAGGGCUGCUUUAGUGGAUGCACUUGCUGCUGCCAUCUCUCCGGCCCUUGUUCAACAUGACCCAGCUACCAUCACUUCAGAUUCCUUGUCUGAGGAUAUGCGCAGGGUUUUGAAUGAGAUUACACGUUACUUAAAUUUAGAAAAGCUCCUGCCUUGCUACAAGUACACUGUCACAGUAUCGUGCCUUCAUGCCAUCCGCAUACUUCAGAAGAAUGGUCACGUACCUCCUAAGUCAGAUAUCUUCAAGGCAUAUGCUGCAUAUCCUCAGUUCAUUGAUGUACGAGUUUCGGCAGUGGAGCAGAUAGUGGACUUCCUGGCACAUGAUGGGACUCGUGAUGACAUUGACUUUUUAUUAACGUUGGCUGAAUCAGAUCCAGUCCCACGUGUUCGAUAUUUGACUCUAGUGUCACUAGCGCAGAAUCCUCCUUUCAUUAUGGGUCAAAGCCACAAACUUGACACUGAGCACUUAGUUGAACGUCUAUGGAAUAUAAUGAACUCAGGACAACCGUGUGAUUCCCGAGUGCGGUGUGCAGUGUUGGACCUCUACUAUGCCUUGUAUGGCCGCCGGAGGCCAGCUUGCAUACCAGCAUCUGAGCCAGCUCUUGUGCUCAACCUCCGUAAACCUCCACAUCCUCCCAUCCAGAACCCAGUGCUAGUGCUGAAAGAGGAAGAAACAGUUCCCCAGCCAGUAAAGGAAACACUGGUUGAUAUAUCUGAACCUAAGGCUGAAGUUAAAACAGAAAUUGUGGAAAUGCCUGUUGAAGUCAUUUUUACUGAGGAGAACAAAAACAGAGUAAAGGAGGAUAUUGAAGUGUGUGAGGAAAAUGUUGAACAUUUCACAACUCGAAGUGUGACACCCAGUGUUGAAGGUGACAUGUCUGAAUCUACCACGUCACUUCCGGGUGAUAGCCAGGAUGCACAUGGAGGUACUGCAGGGUUUUGGUCUGACAUGUUUCCGAAGGGGAUGGAUUCUCACGGGAGAUCCCACAAAAGCAAGAAGAGGAAGAAGGAUAAGAAACACAAGAAACAUAAGAAGCAUAAACAUGAGCAUAAAGACAAACUGGAUAAACUAGAUAAGUUCAUACAAGAAGAGAAUCUUAGUUCAGGAUCCUCCAACCCUCCAAGUCCUGGCUCCCCACCCAGUAUGGCAGGAAGUUUGUCAAGCAGUAUAGCAAGCAGUAUGUCAAACAUGCAAAACACUAUGUCAAACACAAUGCCACACUCAGUGUCUAACACAAUACCACAUUCUAUGUCAAAUACCAUGCCACAUUCUCUGUCUAACACUAUGUCACACAUGCCACUUAGUAUACCAAACACUAUGUCACACAUGUCACAUAGUAUAUCAAACACUAUGUCAAAUACCAUGCCACAUUCUAUGUCAAACCUUCUGCCACAUUCUAUGUCACAUAUAGUGCAUAGCAUAUCAAACACCUUGUCACACCUUUCACACAAUAUGCCAAAUACAGUGUCACACAGUAUGUCAAACCCAAUGUCACACAUGACACACAAUAUGUCUCACAUGUCACACAAUAUGCCACACAUGUCACACAAUAUACCACACACUAUGGCAAACACUGUGCCAAACACAGUGUCAAAUACCACUCCAAACACCACAACAGGCACCCCAACAAACAGUCAACCAAACAAUAUGACAAAUAACAUGUUUUAGUUGCCAUUCCAGCUAUUGAAACAAAUCUUAUGAUGUUUUUGCUGAAUAUUUCUUUAUUGGCCAAGCUUUUCUUAUUCAGUCAACCAUGUGCUUAAUCUGUAUCCACACCACAACACUAUUUUUUUAUUCUUUCUCUCAUUAUUUGAUCUUAAAGUUUUAAUUAUGUUAAGCUUAUAAAAUUAAGCACACAACAUAGCACCAAGUUGGAUCCUUUGUUUGUGUAAUAAUUGUUUUAGUAUAGAAUUUUAUGGCAUCCAUCAUGGUGUAUUGAUAACAAAAAAAUAAAUGAACA